AUGCCAGCGAUGGCUGCAGAUGAGAUUGUUCGAUUCACGAACAAGUCGAAGUUCUCCGUAGCGGGCGGGAUUGGGUGCGGAACGCCGAUCGGCGCGCUGGUAGCGUUACUUCUCCAUGGGACGCAGCAGGAAGUACCGGGUGCUUUGCCGGUGUGGGAGCGGUUUAACACGUACUGGCUGUCGAGGCGGGUGCCGGUGCACGUCGUACGCUACGAGGACCUGCUUUCGGACCCCGAGGCGACACUCUUAGGUCUCGUGUCCUUCAUUCACGACGUGUCCGGGACAGAAGCAGCCGAGAGGUACGGCGACCGAAUACGCGGCGCUCCGGCCGUUUUGAAUGCGGGCCGCAGGCGAAGCAGCAAGAGCGGAGAGGAACCACGUUGCACCGUUGCUGCUGCGCCAGAGGGGACGGGGAUUGUCCCCCCCCGGCGGAACGGCCGCAGCGGCGGUGAUGUUUGUGACUCAAUGAGCAACGACGACGACGACGACUACGGCACGACCUUAGAGACGCCGAGGAUGGGCGACGCAGCAACGUGCGACAGAGGUAGCCCGCCGGCGGCGGUGGGAGAGGGGAGCCGUGGUCGAGAAGCAGCGGCGGCGGCCGCUGCCAAUACCAGCGGCGGGGAGGCAGCGACCGGCGCUGCCGGCCGAAGCGGUCUGUACCGGCCGAGGACGUCGAGGAGGGGUGUUGGAGGCAGUCUCAGGAGGCGUUAUAGCCAAGAGCAGGGUUUUCCUCCCGCCGUGAGCUCCUGUUCUCUUCGGCUGGACCGUCUCCAAAGCCUGUACGCUACCGGUGGCCCCGACACAAGCCGCGGCAGCAGCAGUGCUGCCCUUAGCUCCGCCUCCGGAAUCGUGAACGGCGUCGAUAGGAAUGGAGUAACGGAAUGUCCGCCGGGGGAGAACGAGCGAGCUCAACGAGCACGACCGGGGGGCCCCACGGCAACUCUACGCCAGUCGGGCUGUUUCACAUCGUCGUAA